AUGUUUGAAUGGUUAAAUGGUAACCAAGAAACUACAACUCAAACCUCACAUAACGAUGAAAUUGGAUUGGAAGUGUCUAGAUAUGAUUCCAUAGAAUAUCUCCAAACUUUAACUAAUGCAAAAUUUGAAGAGCAGUUUGAAAUGUAUUGUUGGCCAUUUACAGGUUCUUUAAGAAAUUAUGGUCUUGUUCGUUGUGAAUCCAAAAAAUUUUGUUCAUUAAUUAUAAAUAAUACACUUUCACCAUCUUUCAAAAUCAAUCAAAUAUUUAACAUAGUUCACUUCAACUCAUCUGGAUAUGAAAGAUGCCUUCUUUAUUUCAUACCUAAAUAUCAAUCAAAUUGGUCUGAAAGAAAAAUCCAAGUUAUGAAUAAUAUAGGUAUUUAUCUUAACAUCAUGAUUAUUAAAAAAAAAGAUAUAACAUUAGAUGAUGUUAUAGCUGAUUUGAAUUUCAAAAUGAAUCAUUCAAUGGAUCAAAGAAUAACAAAUACUAAUGAUCAUCGUGAACAAGAACCUUUAUAUAUCAUGUACAAUCCUGCGUCAGCUAUGAAUCUUUAUCAAAAUGGAAACCUUUCUAAAAUGAUCCAUAUGAUUAAUUUAUAUAAAUCCAAAAUUGAAAACCAUAUAUGGGAAAGUUAUUCAUUAAUAAAAGUUGUUCCUAAACUACAUCAUCAUUAUGCUGCUGCUGGUGAUGAUGUAUUUAAUUCAAAUAAUUAUUUACACCAUGAUGAAUUGGAUUUGAAUAAAGCAAAUGAGGUUUUCUUUUUCAUAAAUACAGCAGCUCAUGAAGUUCAAUAUAGUCAUUAUAAAAAAAUCAUCAAACCAAUUAAUUCAACUGGCUCAACUAAUCAGACUUACUAUGAAUUAAGAAGCCCAACAGAAAUUUUGAUGCAAGUUUUGAAAAAUGGUUUCCGUGGUUGGUUUCCUUAUUUACAAGAGUUGUUGAUAAAUAAGUACUUGAAUAUAGAGGAAAAUAUUAAUAGAAGACCAUCACAUUUUCAGGAAUCUGUUAAAAUUCAUCCAGAUUCAAAUAUAUCUAAAUUUAUUCAAGUUGGAUAUAAAUUAAAUCCGUCAAAUGAAUAUAGAAGACCAGAUUCUGUUUCACUGGGCCCAUUACCAAGUUACGAUGAGAUUUCUGAUUCAGUUGUUAUAUAA